AUGGAGCGGAAGGUAGUUCUCAUCACGGGGUGUUCCUCAGGAAUUGGUCUGCAUCUGGCACUUCGCCUGGCGGCUGAUCCUUCAGGCAGCUUCAAAGUGUACGCCACUUUACGGGACCUCGGGUCUCAGGGACCUCUGUGGGAGGGCGCACGGGCUCGAGGCUGCCCUCCAGGCUCCUUGGAGACCCUACAGCUCGAUGUGACCGACUCCAGCUCUGUGGCAGCUGCCCGAGACCACGUGACUGAGGGUCGCGUGGACAUCCUGGUAUGUAAUGCCGGUCGUGGCCUGCUCGGACCCCUGGAGGCCCAAGCGGGAGAGGCUGUGGGCUCCGUGCUGGACGUGAACGUGGCGGGGACAGUCCGUACGCUCCAGGCUUUCCUUCCGGAUAUGAAGCGACGCCGCGCGGGCCGGGUGCUUGUCACCGGGAGCGUGGGCGGGCUGAUGGGCUUACCCUUUAAUGCAGUUUACUGCGCUAGCAAGUUUGCGCUGGAGGGUCUGUGUGAGAGUCUGGCUGUGCUGCUGCUACCCUUCGGGGUCCACAUCAGCCUUAUAGAGUGCGGCCCCGUACGCACAGCUUUCCAGGAGAAGCUGGAGGGAGGUCCUGCCGGAGUACUGGGAAGCGCCGACCUGGAGACUCGGGCUCUCUUUUCCCGCUAUCAGCGCCACUGUGAGCGGGUCUUCCGCGACGAGGCACAGGACCCGGAGGACGUGGUGGAGGUGUUCCUCCGAGCGCUUGGGGCCCCUCGCCCUGUCCUGCGCUAUUUCAGCACUGAGAGCUUCCUGCCUCUGGCUGGGCUCCGACUCUGCGAUCCUGGCGGCUCUCAAUACGUAGAUGCCAUGCACCGCGCGGUCUUCUCCGAGCCCGAGGAAGGGGAGGCUGGGGCCGAAGGCCUCGAGAUCCCGAAUUAGAAGCGCCCUUCUUUUAUACCCUCAAUAAAGUACCUGCCCAUAUCGCCUAAUCAGUGACUGGUUACUUUUUUGCGACACAAGUUUUCCAAAGAGAAACAGAGGUGGGAGCUCGUAGGCUGUUUGCCUUCUUCAGAUGGCAAAAGAAAUAUUGGAAAAUUAGAAUUUUGGGGGUGUAUUGGGGAAAAAAACCUUUUGAUUGGCUAACAGGUUAGAUCAGGUUUUACUACUUAUUGACUCUGUCAGUGUGUGGCUUAAGACAAGUCAUUUCUGUUUUUCCUAUGUAAAAUUAAUUCA